AUGUCAAGCGGAGGUGGAGGAGGAAAAAGAGGAGAUGGAAAUGACAAUGGCAACUCGACAUUCCUCGGUGGCUACUCCCAAACCCCAACCCUAGAUCACCACCACCGCAGCGGCGGAUUUAACAACAAAUCCACCACCGCAAAAUCCACCGCCACCGCGACGGUCAGGUACCGGGAGUGCCUCCGCAACCACCCGGCCAGCAUGGGGGUAAAUGUCUACGACGGUUUCGGCGAGUUCAUGCAUGGAGGCGAGGAAGGAUCUUUAGAAGCCUUGAAAUGCGCCACCUGCGAGUGCCACCGCAACUUCCACCACAAUGAGGUCGACGGCGAGACGGCCGCCGCAGCCCCACCGCCACCGUGUUCAGCCCCGGCUCUUGCCGCGACGACGGCGGUCACUUAA